UCUUUCAUCCUUUUUUCUCUCCAUUCUAUCCUAUUCCAGACUUAUCAACUAUUCGUAACGAUGCGUUUCUCUACUACCGUCGCCUAUCUGGCCACCUGCCUCGCCGCUCCGGCCACGGCCCUCGCCAUCUGGGGCGAAUCAGCCUCCGCACUGGACGCCAGCCUCAAGGUUCCUGGCGAGAACCCCAUCGAGUUCUGCAACGCAGACCGCGAUGACGACCUCAUUCAAAUCACCAAAGUCGAUUUGGCUCCUAACCCCCCGAAGCCCGGCAAGACGCUCCUCAUCACAGCCUCUGGUGAUGUCAAGAAGACCGUCACACAGGGCGCUUACGUCAAGGUGACUGUCAAGUAUGGCCUCAUCCAACUUCUCACCACAACUGCGGACCUGUGCGAACAGCUUGGAAAUGUCGACCUUUCCUGCCCCCUUGAGACUGGAAAGAUGACCAUCACCAAGAGCGUCGAUCUGCCCUCUGCCAUUCCUCCGGGAACCUACAACGUCCUUGCCGACGUCUACUCCGCCGAUGACGAGAAGAUCACCUGCUUGAAGGCCACUGUCAACUUCCCCCGACCGAGCCUGGGUUCCUUUGAAAACACUGAGGAAUUGUAACUUUUGCUUUAUGCUACGAGAAUGAUUACGGUGAAUUGGCAACGAGGGAGAUAAUUCGGCUUGUGAUUUUCAAUUUCUUUUGACUGCUGGGUGUUUUGUUGUAAUGGCAUUGCUACGGCUGAGUUUGCUUCUGGGCGAGAUAUGUUGUAUUCCUGGGGUGAUAUUCCGAUCCGGUUCAUAGGCACAUCAUUGCGGGGCUUUGUUACUCCUACUAGAGAAUGCAUGCGUAAUAUUGAUCCCUGAUAAACCAG